AUACUAAAGUGUUGUCACUUCAGUUUGAGCCGCUGAUCUAGCAAUUUUUUUUUACAAAACUUUUCGAGUACCUACAUUUCGGACAUAUAAAAAAUAAAAAAUAGUAAUGGCAUCAGCAAAAAUAAAGGGUUUAGCUAAAUACAAUAGUGUGUUGAGCCAAUUUGCGGCAAUAAAUUCAUCGAAAAAGUUUCGUAAUUUUUAUACAUACACACCGGAACCAGCACAACCUUUGCCUAGGAAACCGACAGUUUGUUCAGCCGAGGAUGCAUUAAAAUGUAUUCAAUCGAACAAUGUCGUAUUUGCUCAAGGAGCUGCUGCCACUCCAGUACAUUUACUCGAUGCCAUGGCUAAGUAUGGAGCCCAAGCCAAACUAAGUAAUGUCACUGUUUGCCAUAUGCACACCGAAGGUGAAGCGAAAUACACCCAAAAAGAAUAUGAAGGAAUAUUCAGAAAUUGUUCAUUUUUCAUGGGUGGUAAUGUUCGUAAGGCUAUUGCAGAAGGUCGAGGAGAUGCUAUUCCAAUUUUCUUACAUGAAAUACCAAAAUUAUUCUCUCGAGGCAUUGUUAAACCCGAUGUUGCAUUAAUUCACGUAACUCCUCCAGAUGCGCAUGGCUAUUGCAGUUUGGGUACAAGUGUCGAUUGUGUCCGAGAAGCUUUAACACACUCGAAAAUUAUAAUUGCUCAGGUAAAUCCUAACAUGCCACGAACUUUCGGAGAUUCUUUAAUCCACGAAAGUCACAUCGAUUUUGCCGUUAAUAUUAAUACACCCUUGCCAUCUCACGGUGGAAAACCACCAUCAGAUGUAGAAACAAAAAUUGGUCAGAAUAUUGCUGAAAAUCUAGUCGAUGACGGAGCCACCUUACAAAUGGGAAUUGGAAGCAUUCCUGAUGCCGUGUUAAGUGCUCUUGGAAAUCAUAAAGAUCUUGGUAUUCAUUCUGAAAUGUUUGCUGAUGGAGUUGUUGAUCUAGUCGAAAAAGGAUGUAUCACAAAUAAUAAGAAAACUUUGCAUAAAGGACGUAUUGUUGGAUCAUUUUUAAUUGGAACACAAAAAUUGUACGAUUUCGUGGAUAACAAUCCAUUUAUAGAAAUGUUACGAAUCGAUUACGUAAACAAUACUCAAGUUGUAUCCAAAUUACCAAAAAUGACAGCAAUCAAUUCCUGUAUCGAAGUCGAUUUAACCGGACAAGUUUGUUCCGAUUCAAUUGGUACACGCAUGUAUUCUGGUUUUGGUGGACAAGUUGAUUUUAUUCGUGGUGCCGCCGAAGGUUUUGAUGGUUUAGGCAAACCAAUCAUUGCAUUACCAAGUGCAACAAAACGAAAUGAAUCGAAAAUUGUACCAAUCCUUAAACCGGGCGCUGGUGUUGUUACAUCCCGUGCUCAUGUCCAUUACGUUGUUACCGAAUAUGGUAUUGCUUCGUUGUUCGGUAAAACAUUACGUCAACGUGCUUAUGAACUUAUACAAAUCGCUCAUCCCGAUCAUCGUGAAAGCUUAGAGAAAUCAGCAUUUGACCGUUUGAAAGUAAUGCCAGCUAAACACCGAUAAAUUUAGCAGAAAUUAGCAAUAAAUUUCAAAAAAAAAAUAAAUUGUUACUUUUAUAGUAUUUUGGCAUCGAAUUUUUUCUUCAAUUUUU